AUGAGCAUUGACGGCCCUAACGACGACGACGGGCCUCUGGCUCAGUACCAUUCGUUCUGGCUCGUCAUCAUCGUCUUCAUCAGCAUCGCGCUCUACAACGUGGUCGAGCUCAACUUUCUGAUAGCAACCACAUUCAAGAAAUAUCGAGGGCUGUACUUUUGGAGUUUUACUUGCUCGACAUGGGGCGUCGCCUUGAAUGCGGUCGGUUAUCUGCUCCGACUUCUGCGCCCUGAACGGCUGGGCUACCUCAACGCGACGCUCAUUUUGAUCGGCUGGUGUUCCAUGAUUACCGGACAGUCGCUGGUGCUCUACUCACGAUUGCACAUUGUGCUGCAUGAUUCGAAGCGUCUGCACUUGGUUUUGGGCAUGAUUAUUUUCAACGCAAUCUGGCUGGGCAUCCCGGUGAUUGUCCUGGUCUACGGUACCAACUCGAACAACCCCACGCCGUUUACGAAGCCAUACUCGAUAUUUGAAAAGUUACAACUGAGCGUCUUUUUCGUCCAAGAAGUCGUCAUCUCCAGCCUGUACAUUGUCGAAACGACGCGGCUGUUGAAAAUGCAACGCGGCAUCGGGUCCUCGGCAACCCGUCGAGUCAUGGGCCAUUUGAUCUUGGUCAAUAUCUUUGUCGUGCUUCUCGACAUCAGCAUCCUGUGCCUUGAAUUCACAGAACAUUACAACAUUCAAACCGCCUGGAAAGCUCUGGUAUACAGUGUCAAGCUCAAGGCCGAGUUUAGCGUGCUCAAUCGGUUGGUCGAGUUCUCGCAGCAUUUGCGGUCCGGCCGUAACAUGUCUGGAAACCCCGGCACCUCGAGCGAUGUGGCUCUGGAGACAUAUCUUAGGAAUGCGUCACAGGCACCAAUUGGAGCAGAGUACAGCAUGGAAGUCACCGCAGAGCGACCUUGCGAAUCGAGUUCGCGCCCCUUGGGUGGUGUCGUCAAGACCACUGCAGUGACUGUAAGCCACGGGCGAAGGCAGUUGACGCCGACUCGAUCGUCAACGGGGGCAAAUAGUCUGGACGGCGCGCGGGGAGGCACGGCGGAGGAGGCGCACGAUGUCGAUGGCACGUCGUCAUUGUCUUCAGAAGCACACUUGGCACGGAAACGGUAG